AUGGCACCACUUAUUCCAUCGCAGGAGGAGCUGCAGCGCCGUCGCAUCAUCGGCAUCAACGCAGAGACCGUCACCAACAUUCCCUCCACAGACUUCCCUGGGCACUGGCCAGGCGAAUCGCAUAGCUGGGCUUUGGAUCAAUUCAAGGAUAACUUCAAAGUCGAGUUCCAUCGCAACGAUCCAUAUGAGGCUUCAUUCUCACUAAUUGGACUUGACGCCGCCGUUGCUAAUGCUUUCCGCCGCAUUCUUGUCGCCGAAAUUCCGACUCUUGCCAUCGAAUACGUUUUCGUCCAGAAUAACACUUCUGUCAUUCAAGAUGAGGUCCUCGCCUCCCGUCUCGGCUUGAUUCCGCUGAAGGGCUCUGUUGAGGGUAUCAACUGGAUGCACUGGUAUCGCAAGCCCUCCGAAGACGAUGACGGUCCUGCCCCACCGGGGCCAAGUGAUUUCAACACAGUUGUCAUGCAGCUGGCUGUUGAGUGCACAAAGAACCCCGAUGCUGCCCAAGAUGAGACCGACCCUCGCAAGCUAUACCACAAUGCCCAUGUCUAUGCGAAAGAUAUGACAUUCACACCCGUCGGCCGCCAAGAACAGUUCUUCACCGGCGAAGGAGCCAUCCAGCCAGUGAACCCGGAUAUUCUUAUCGCCAAAUUGCGUCCUGGUCAGAAGAUUGAUCUCGAGAUGCAUUGCAUCAAGGGCAUUGGAGCCGAUCACGCCAAGUUCUCCCCCGUCGCCACAGCUACUUAUCGUUUGAUGCCGCAAAUUACUAUUGAACGCCCAAUUCUUGGUGAAGACGCAAAGAAAUUCGCCAAGUGCUUCCCUAAGGGUGUCAUCGGUCUAGAGCCCGUGACUGCCGAGGACGCCAAGCGUCAGGGAAGUGGAUAUGAGGGCCACGCCGGUGAGAUGAAGGCAGUUGUCCGGGAUGCGUUCAACGACACCGUGAGCCGAGAGUGCCUUCGUCAUGAAGAAUUUCAGGGCAAGGUUAAGCUUGGUCGCAUUCGUGACCACUUCAUCUACAAUGUGGAAAGCACUGGACAGUUUGAAAGCGACGUAUUGUUCCUCGAGGCCGUGAAGGUCUUGAAGCUGAAAUGCGCUCGCUGGAAGCGCGGCCUCGAAGACUUGAUGGCGUAA